AAUUGAAGAAAAAAAAUGUAUUUUGCCUAAAGUGGGGUAAAUAAAUAAUAUAAAAAUUCAAUUUUUAGUAUUUUUUGAACCUUUUUUUAAGAAAAUUUAAAAGAAAUAAACCGAAAAGAAUUUAAAUACAAGUUAAAAAUUUGAUGUCGUUUGUCAAAUACGCAGUGGACAGCUGAUCGCUCGACACGACGGAUUGUCGAGACGUUUAUUUGCCUUUUUAAAAUAGUAAUAUAAGAUAAGAGAAAAAAAACGCUUUUCAAGUGCCUUAGGAAAAAAAAAGUAAACCCUACAAUAUUGUGAUUUUAUUUCCAAUAAAUGACAAUUUAAGAGGAGAAAAAAACUUUUGGAAAUUAUUUCCAGUAAUUUUUCAAUUAGUCAAUUGAGGUGCCAAGUUUUCGAGACUUUUCCCGACCUUAAUGGUUGCCGUUCGAUAGUUGGGAGGAUAAUGGAGGCCCGAGAUGGGGGAGUGCACCUGCUCUAAAAUUGCCAUCAUGCAGCUGUUCCAUGAGCUGAAGCAGCAAUUCCCAACACUCUCUGAUCACAUCGUUGCCGAGUGCAUCGCCCAGGAAGGACAUAAUAAGGAGACAUGUGCAAGAAGUCUGCGAGAAGCGCAAGAACGUCGUCCUUCGCCGGGAGCGUUCCCACCGCCUGGACCGAGCCAGGAACAGGGACGUGGUAUCGCUAUGAGUCAAGAACAAGUAGCGAUUAUUUCACAAGCACGUCCUCAUAGGCCUGGUGUUCUUGACAUUGGAUCGAGUCGUCGUAUCGUUAAUUGUACCCGAGUUCCGCCUAUUAAUUUCACACAGUCAUUGGAUUCGGGGACAUAUUGCAGUCCGGAGAUUGAACCCACUGGUUUUGAACUCAAUGUCAAUGUGGCCUGCAGUCCAGUGAAAACUACAGGUUUCGGAUUGCCGAGCGCGCCUCACAGGAGCGAGAUCGUCUUGGAGCCUCGUCCACACUACACGGAGCCGUUCAUGAACCUGAGUCUUCCGCUAACGACUGAACAGAGUCGUAGUUUCACGUCCGUUAGUCUGACCCUACGACCGCCAAAUUCGGAAGCACAGUCACCAAUUGGAUCGAGUUUGACUUAUUCGACAUCGUCGUCAAAUCCACGGGGUUUCCAGAGUCGAGUGCAAAUCAGCAUUGGACCGGGAAACAUCGGCACAGUCACUUCGGCGCGUAUCCGACCUCCAAUGGGUCCCACAAGACCCAGCAGCCUUCUACCCACGGAUCAGUACAAUUUACGUCGACCUUCUGGUCUUCCAUUGGGACCACCGAGUCAAUUGUCCCGGCCGACGAUGACAAUGAGCGCGCCAACAACACCCUCAAUGGCACCAUCCUCCUCCCUUCAUGCACACUCAUCGGCGACGAGUUUACCCACAACUCCCCUGGGGGCGCAAGGAUCUCUUGUGCCCUCAUCGGAAGACCUGACGAAAAUCGAUCAAGCCUUAUCGCUAAUGACUGAGAAUCAACGGCAAUUGAUCGCCGAGCAAUUGGAGAGGAAGGACCGACUUGCCCGUGAGGUCGAGGCUGAGAAAUUGAGACUCGAGUCCAUGAAGAUGGAAAUCGAGUUACUCUUGCGACCGUUUGACGCUAACAUGUCACCCGAGGCCUACAAGCAGAAAUUACAGAGGGAAAUAUUCCAACUACAAGUCGAGUGUAACAAAAUGGCGAACGAAAUUGAUCAGAAUUCGGAGCCAGGCGUUGCAGUUAGAGAUGCGAAUGAAGAAUUUUAUCGUGGCAUUUACACGGGGCAACCUUUCGGCCCAAGAACGGCGUUAAUACCACCGCCAUUGCCUGCGGAGCCACCAGCGUGGCAAGUGCCAAUUGACAGAGGCAAUCCAGAAGAUAGGGAUGGACCCUCCUGGGUCUGUCGAAUGUGCACAUUCAAAAAUCAUCCACUAAUGAAGAGAUGCGAGCAAUGCGAUCUAUUGCGAAUAAUGCCAUCACUAUCGUCAGGUAGGAAUUUCGCGAAAUUCCCGCUCGAAUCUCAACCACCAAAUAAUUGCUCGACGAGUGGAUUUCUCGGACCGAGACCGACCUCCGAGUCCAAAGACACUUCUCGCAAAUAAUAAUUAUUACAAUCAAUGGGAAAAUGAAAAAAAAAAUUAAGGAAAGAUAAUUAUUUACCUCGAAAGGGAAAAAAAAAUUAUUUUUCGAAUUAAGAAGAAAAUAUUAGAAAGAGAUAAAAUUAUUUCCCUAAAUGACGAAGCAAAAAUUUUGUAUAUAUAUUUACCGACAUCGGAGGUUGUGAAACUCGUGUAAUUUUUUUUUGUGUGUGUUUUGUAUUUAAUCGCAUGCAAUUUUAGAAUGAAUUGGACAAAAAUAAUUUAUUAAUAGUACAGUCUAGAUUUUUGAUUUUUUAAAUUUAAAAUUUUGAACAUUAACAUUUUAUUUAAAAUAAUUUUUAUCCUUCCGUGUAAUAUAUAUUUUCGAUUCAAGGAGGAAAGAAUUCUUUCUUCCUUGAAUCGAAAAUAUAAAUUAUUUAAUUAAUAAUUAUUUAUUUAAUUAAUAAUUGUUUAAUUAUUUAAUUAAUUAAUUAUUCAAUUAAUAAUUUAUAUUAUUAAGAAAAUUAGAAAAAAAGUGUUGUUGUAAAUUAUUGUUAAUAUAAAAAUUCAAAAAUACGCUCCUAGACUAAAUUUUUUCCGUCCUAAUAGUUUGUCCAAUUCUUUCUUCAGUUGAUAAAUAAUGACGCCUUUGAAAUCUUAGUGAGAAUUAUUAUCUAACGGCAUGAAGUGAUUUGUAAUAAUAUUUGUUACACAAUUGACCAAAAUGACGUUAACUAAUAUAGCGAUUAAUACCAAAUAAUCAAAUUGAAUAAGUGCCUGUAUGUAUUUUUCAAAAUGAAAUUGUAAAUGUUAUACUCAACUUUUUUUAGAGUAACUGAUAUAUUUAAUUUAUUAAAUAUAUAAAAUAUGCAGAUUUAUUAAUAAAUUGAAAAUCGCAAUAAUUAGAUAUUUACAGUA